GGUUAUUUUCUUCUCUUUCUUACCCUCAUUGGAAUUGAAAAAAAUGUUAAAUAAAAAAAAUAAAAUUUAAUCCAAAAUCUAAAUCAAAAUUCAAGUGAUGUUAGUUUAAAUGUUGAGUGUAAAAUAUAUUGGAAUGUGAUUCAAAAUUUAUUUAUAGAAAAAGAGAAGAAUCAAAAUUCACUAAAUCAUUUUAUAAUUUUACCUGUGAACUGUUCUUGUUCUUGUGAAUUCUCCAGCACCAUCAUUCAGCAGGAGAAAAUAGAAAAAUGUUGUGCGUUUUUAAUAAGUUUAGAUACCUACAGUCAAAAAAUUCAAAUUGAUUGAGAAAGUUAGCAAAUUCUCGAGAAAUUCCUUCCAAUUUCUCUCUUUGUUGCUCGGUUGGUAUUUUUUGUUUUUGUAUAUUUUAAAUUUUGCGUGGACGACUUUCGUGUGAACUAAUUACAAUAAAACACAAAAAACAACAACUUUUUCCGUCUGCAAUAAUUAUUAUUGUGCUCCAACAAACUGGAAUGGAAUACGAUAACCCAACAUUUCAAAGGUGCUUGCGAUUUCCGAGUGCAUUGAUCGCCACAAGUUGAUUUUAGACGAAGUCGCUUGUCAAGACGGCAUUUCCUCCUAAAAACCAUUUGAAAUGCUGCUCAUUGUGCGUUUAAAAAGAAGAAAAAAACCGCACCUAGUUUUAUCAGCAACAACCAGAAAUAGACGACAGCACAAACGACGACACCUAACUCGCAUAAAUAAUACUCACAUUCCGAUCCCAGCAGCAGCCAGAAGCACAACAAAAUUUUCAUCAGUAGUCGCAGUAGCAGUAGCAGUAGCAUCAAUCGCCGCUCGAAAAACACAAAUUACAAAAACAUUCAGACGCACAGCAACAGUAGUUAAUCUAAAUAAUUCAUAACCGCCACAAUCUCCAUAAAAAAACAACAACAAGACGAAAAGAAACAACAAUAAGAAUAGCAUCAAACAAAAAGCCACAAUUAUCUGUGGGUGUGUUCGGAGGGCGGUCAUGUUUGAGCGUCGUCGCCCAAUCCUAGGACUAUUGAUUGGUUUGACCCUUUGUAUAUCAAUAUGGCGAAUAUCAGUGCAAGAGCCCGCAAUGUAUGCCACCGAAUUCAGCUAUGGCAACCAAUUGGCAUACGACGAUCACCGUCCGUCUCCAACGGCCUUCGAGUCCAAGCAGCGUAUUCAACCAGAACCACCAGAGGUCAACCAUAUUCAUAUUCAACAUCGCACAAAUCAGGGACGAUACUCAGUCGAACCAGGUCACCAACAAAACCACCACCAACACCACCACACAACACCCCCUCUCAACUCUGACACAGUCAGUAGUAAUAAUUUAAGUUUAGUUAGUUUUACAUCAUCAUCAUCUUCGGCCACGGAGUCGCCGCCUUUUGACAAUGAGUCAUUGCCGGCGGACGACUUUACAACACUCAUAGACUUUAAGGACUUUAAGUUUCUCAUCAAUCAGGCGCCAUGCGGUCGCACAAACACCGCGUACUUCCUAAUUCUCGUCCACUCAGCGCCAGCCAAUGACGAAAAACGACAAGUUAUUAGAGAAACAUGGGGAUCCGUUCAAAGUCCUCAUAUCCGUCUGUUGUUCCUGGUCGGAGCUGUUAAUACCAUUAAACUCCAACACCAACUGGACGUUGAGAACUCAAAAUAUGCAGACUUGAUACAAGGAAACUUUGUAGACGAUUACCGCAACAUGACCUACAAACAUGUCAUGGCUCUGAAAUGGUUCAUCUAUCUCUGUCCAAAAGCCAAGUUCUUGGUCAAAACAGACGACGAUGUUUUUGUGAACACACUCCAAUUGAUCGAGUAUGUGGAUCUGCAACGCCAGCAACGUCCCAUCCUGUCACCGUUCACUCCGCGUACCUAUCAAGUACCUAGUAGUUCUGACACUAACACUAGUCAUAUAUUGAAUGUGCUUCAGUCGAAAAACUUCCUAUUCUGCCAGCGACAAGCCGAAGCUAGAGUUAAACGAAGCUACCGCUCGAAGUGGCGGGUAAGUGGCAAAGAAUACGCCGGUCGAUAUUAUCCACCUUACUGCCCUGGCUAUUCGAUUGUCUAUUCGCCGGAUGUGGUCUUUCGAUUGUACAAAGAAGCACAACGUUCGAAAUACUUUUGGAUCGAUGAUGUUCAUAUAACUGGCACUCUGGCCCAGAACUCGAACAUCACGAUUACGAGCUUUUUGCCAUGGCGGAUCCAUCCGGCAGCCUAUGGUGAUAUAUUGAGUGGCAAGACUGAUAUCGGCCACUAUUUGUUUUUGUUUGCAUGGCCGAAUAUAAGCGAACAGCAAAUUCGAGACUUGUGGGUGUUGACUUUUGGUCAUUUCAAUUCGACACGUGCAAAUGGUGGCGUAGGUGCGUACAAAUAUGAUUCCUUCAGGUAGUUUAGUUUAUUUAUAUCUACAAUAUACGAGUAUGACAUAAAGUAAUGUAUUUUUUUUAGUUUUUAUUUUUUAUGUUUAAAAAGUUUUAAAAUCUUUUGUCCCUGAAGGACAUUUUUAUUUGUUUUUAUUUUUAUUUUUAUUAUUAUUUUUUUUUCUGUCUGCUGUGAAUGUAUUGUAUUAUAUGUAUGUAUAUAUAUUAUGUAUGUAUUGUAUAUUCUAGAACAGUAAAGUAAAAAAAUAAAGUAUCAUUUAGAAAACAAAAGAAUCAUGCUUAUUUUCGUGACAACCAAUCUAAAGUUUAUUUCUUUUAUCUUUUUUUGCACAAGGUGAUAAUUUCAUGUAAGUCCAUUUAAAUUUUUAGUCUUUGGGUGUUUUAAUUAAACGAAAUAAUGGUUACUCGUAAUUUUCUUUAAUUUUAUUAAAUUACAUUUACGAUAAGGCAGGCACUGUUAUUCUAACAGAUUUUGAAAAGUUUGCAUCUUGGACCAAUAUGAUGCACUUAAAAUUAUAUUUGAAAUCUCCAGAAUGAGUAUGAGAUCAAACAAAACUGAAUAUCUGACUAUAAGGACCAUUUGGUUCUUAGAGAAAAGCUAGAACUUCCCAGCCAGAAACUAGAAGACAAAACCAAUUCUACUCAGCUUUUAACUUUUCAAAUAUAGAAAUAUCAAAAGAAACCGUCUCACUCAAAGACUAAGAAAUCAUUCCAUUUUAUUUCCAUUCCCCAAGAAAAAACCUACUUUUUUUUGAAAAUCCUUUUAUUUCUCAUGCGGUUGUCACACAAUAUUAUCAAAAUUAAAUAUUUUUGACAUUGUCAGUGGUAUAAAAUGUAUAAUCUAUUGUUCCAACCUAUCAUCCCUCCCCCCCAAAAAAAGCUCAAGUAAUUGACCUUACUUGAAAAUGUAAGUAAAACUUAAAAAAGAAAAAUUUACACUGAAACUUAUGGAAUGAAUUGAUGGGAAACAAUUAAAUUUAAUGUCGUCUAUGUACUUAAGUGUCAAUAAAUAUGUAAUAUGGAUAUGUAUAAUCAAUCAUUAUUAAUAAAACAAAAAAAAAAUAACAUUUAUUGUGAUGUUGAAUGUAAACUGAAAUACUGAAAAAGUAAGAAAUUAAAACUAAAAGAAUGAAGUUAUCAUUGUUAUAAUAAUUUUUAUUUUUUAUCAUUACAAUAAAUUGCUAAGAAACGAAUAAUUAAAAAAGGCUUUUGCAGGAAAAUUGAAGUUUAACAAAAAAGAAAUAAAAAUAACUUAAAUAUAGAGAAAAAUAAAAUGCCAAAGUAUUUAAGUAAAUAAUUAUCAAUUGUACAAAGUGGCAGUUUUUGUUUGAAACAUUUUUUUUAAGUUCAGCUAAAUAAAAAAAAUAAAUUCUAUUUUUAUUACAGACUCAUCAAACAUUGACAUAAAAUUAAGUAAAACUUAAACAAAAAAAAUCAAAUAAACUUUAUAUUGUUAUUAGAUAAGAAAACAUACCUAAAAUAUAACAUUACUAACAAAUUCUCCCCUCGUACCUACAAAGAAACAAACAUAAAUCAGAAUCAUCGUAAAAUUGGAUCAAAUGUUCAAGUAAAGCAAAACAACAAAAACAAAA